AUGGCCGGCGUGAUAGCUCUCAUCGCGGACACCGCCGACGAGGACAUUCUGGCCGACGGCGAUUGUGGCACGAGCCAGUUAUGGAAGGAGCCGCCGAGUCUGAACAAUACUCCAUGGGGGACAAUGGCAGAAAUUGUAAACAAGAAUUGUGGGACGGUGGCUGUGCGGUGGCGACGUCGCUGUGCGGCGGUGGGUCUGUUCGCGGCUGUGCAGGGAUGGUGGCAGUUGGUGUCGAUUCCGGGGCCAGUGGUGUUUCGAGUCGGCGGCGAGGCUGUUGGUGGUCGGAGGCUGGACUGGUGUUGGUUGGGGGCUGAGAUGGUGGUGGUUGGUGGAGGGGCCUGCUGA